AUGCCUGAAAAUGGUGAAAGGCAUCUUGCUCAGGAGCUUAGGGGUGUCGGGUUAUCAGCUUAUGACAUGCCGGAAUGGAAGAAGGAUGCUUUCGGGAAAACUCCGACUUUUGGACAGAGAUCAAAGCUCUCUAUGCAGGAGCAAAGGGAGAGCCUUCCUAUAUACAAGCUGAAAAAGGAGUUGAUACAGGCUGUGCAUGAUAACCAAGUUCUGGUGGUCAUUGGUGAGACUGGGUCUGGUAAGACGACACAGAUGACUCAGUAUCUUGCCGAAUCAGGUUACACCACAAAAGGAAAGAUUGGGUGUACUCAGCCUCGUAGGGUCGCCGCGAUGUCUGUUGCCAAGAGAGUAGCUGAGGAGUUUGGUUGUCGUUUGGGAGAGGAGGUAGGGGAGAUUCUGACUGAUGAAAACCUCUCUCAAUACUCUGUUAUCAUGCUUGAUGAAGCUCACGAGCGGACAAUUCACACUGAUGUGCUGUUUGGUCUUCUGAAGAAGCUGUUGAAACGCAGGCUUGACCUUCGUUUGAUAGUCACGUCUGCCACAUUGGAUGCAGAGAAGUUCUCUGGGUAUUUCUUCAACUGCAACAUUUUCACAAUCCCUGGAAGAACCUUCCCUGUUGAGAAACUCUACACCAAACAGCCAGAAACCGAUUACUUGGAUGCAGCUCUCAUCACAGUUCUUCAGAUCCACUUGACUGAACCAGAGGGUGACAUUCUUGUGUUUUUGACGGGACAGGAAGAAAUCGAUUCCUGCUUGCCAGUCUCUGUACGAGAGAAUGAAGAAUCUAGGUAA